UCCCCCGUGUAAGAGUGAGGUGGAGGAGGACAUUCCAGGAGAUGUCUCCACAGAAAAUCCCAGUAAGAAUUCUGAGGAAAACUUCACGUUAUCACUAAAUUAUAAUGUAGACGAUGAAGACAUCAUGCAGCACUCUUCAAGAGAAAACCCCAUUAAUAUUAAUGUAUAUCCAGAAGUUCACAUUACAGAUCUAUCAUAUAACCCCCUUUAUCAUGAGGAACCUUCUGACCAGUCACACAUUGUUGCCAUAAGUAGCGGUCAGAAAGGAGGUGAAAGGUUUCAAUGUGGUAAAGAGUCCACAAAAAGCUCAGAUCUUUCUACACACAGAAGAAUUCACACAGGGGAGAAUCCAUACUUCUGUUCUGAAUGUGGGAAGUGCUUUGCAGAAAAAUCAAGUCUUGUUAGACACAAGAAACGUCAUAGAGGCGAGAAGCCAUAUUCAUGUUCAGAAUGUGGGAAAUGUUUUACAAUUAAAUCACAUCUUGUUAAACAUCAGAGAAGUCACACAGGAGAGAAGCCAUAUUUAUGUUCAGAAUGUGGGAAAUGUUUUACAAUUAAAUCAAAUCUUGUUAAACAUGAGAGACGUCACAGGGGAGAGAAGCCAUAUUCAUGUUCAGAAUGUGGGAAAUGUUUUACACAAAAAUCACAUCUUGUUAGACAUGAGAGAAGUCACACAGGAGAGAAACCGUAUUCAUGUUUGGAAUGUGGGAAAUGUUUUGCACAAAAAUCUAAUCUUUUUAAACACCAGGGAGUUCACACAGGGGAGAAGUCAUAUUCAUGUUUGGAAUGUGGGAAAUGUUUUGCACAAAAAUCUAAUCUUUUUAAACACCAGGGAGUUCACACAGGGGAGAAGUCAUAUUCAUGUUCUGAAUGUGGGAAAUGGUUUACACAAAAAUCAUAUCUUGUUAGACAUGAGAGAAGUCACACAGGAGAGAAACCGUAUUCAUGUUUAGAAUGUGGGAGAUGUUUUACAGAUAAAGCAAAUCUUGUUACACAUCAGAGAAUGCACACAGGGGAGAAACCAUAUUCAUGUUCAGAAUGUGGGAAAUGUUUUAUUACUAAAGCCAGACUUCGUUUUCAUCAGAGAAGCCACACAGGAGAGAAGCCAUAUUUUUGUUCAGAAUGUGGAAAGUGCUUUACAGAGAAAUCAAGUCUUGUUGUACAUGAGAGAAUUCACACAGGACAGAAACCGUAUUCAUGUUCAGAAUGUGGGAAAUGUUUUAUUACCAAACCCAAACUAAGAAAUCAUCAGAGAAGUCACACAGGAGAAAAGCCAUUUUGAUGUUCUAUAUGUGUAAAAUGUUUAUUAAUAUUAAUAAUAAUAAUAAUGUAGUUGAAUCAGAAUUGCUCACCCUCUAGGUAAUAUGGAAUAGGGUGCUCUAACUACUAUAGACUCACCCUGUCUAUUGCAAUAUAAAUAUUUUUGAAGGAAUGUAUGUUAGGCACGCCUAAUAUCUAGGCCCAUAUAUGGAAACACAAUAAUUGUGUAAAAUAUUUAAUAUGGUAAAAUAUAAAAAAAACAGGGAUUCAAAAACAAGUCUCAAUAUUCCUAAACACAAUACUCCUAAAAUUCAUCUAAAUAAAAUACAGCAAUGCAUAUAUAGGUAAUUCAUAAAGCUUAUAUAUGUUGCCAACGUAGUUGUUAGUUUAAGAAGGAAUAUUAGAUGCUUGCAGUUGGUACAGUAUAGUCUCUUUGCUUUAUCUUUAUAUGCAUAGCAAACACCGUUCCAAUAUUAGUAGUGGCACAGCUUUAUGUGCGUUACUGUUUGGUGCUCUGCAGCGGGGUCUCGUAACUGGCGUCCUGCAUGUGUGUGUGUGCUCAGAACGAGCCCUUACCUCACACUUCCUGUUUCAGUGGGAGCUGUUGCAGUGAUAUUUGUUUGCCACUAGAUGGCUCCCACAGAUUGUGUGCUGUUAGGUUUGUAGAUGUCGGUAUUCAGACUGAAUCCUGCGGAUUUUUACAGACGCUGGAGCGCUCCUUAUUCGUAUGUAGUCCAUAUGCAUCUGUAUAGUACGGGGGACUGUAGUUUCGGAGUCAAACUUGCACUCCUUCCUCAGUGGUAACAGACCCCCUAAUAAAUGUGACCUUGUAUACCUCUCCUGAGGCCUUCUAAUGAGGAUUCAUUUGAAAACCUGAAACUGAUUUUCUUAUUAUUCUUCCAUUACAGGUAUACAUAGCUGCCCUUGGUAUAAUAUAGUUAGAAUGACUGACAUAACAAAAAUACACGAUUGUAAAUGCACUAUAAUUAUGGCUACACAAAUUUAUAUAUUUUACCAUUAUAAUACAGUUUCUAUAAAUCUUUCAUAUUUUGGUACACUUGCACUCCCAAUAGUUGCAUAUACUCAUCUUCUAUAAUAUAAUGCAGUUAUAUUACGAUUUCUGUGCGUUUUUUGACAUCUUUUAUGUUUAUAUUAUGUUUUUAUAAUUUAAAGAUAUCCCCAUUUCCAAUACAUGGUCAAAUUAUUAUUUUUUAGAUGUGAAGAAUGUGAUCCCCUAUAGUGACCUUAC